AUGGCCAGAUUGCUGCUAGAAAGUUGGUCCUCGAUUGGCAUAAUUAACAGAGCCACAGACCUUCAUCCCGCCUACCAAGCGCUAACCCCUGCUCAGAACGGAGCACUAGGUCGGGCAAAGGAAGAUACGCAGGGCCAACAGCCGGCAACCGCGGGCGAAGGUGGAAACUCUCAGAAGACAUAUGAACGACGUGACACAUCGCAUGAAGGCGCCCGCGAGGUCGAGAACAAUUCAAACGGCCACCAGCAAUCGUUCGGUGCAAUCGAUCGACAUGCGAGCAUCAGGUACAGUUUUAACACGCGGUCAGACAAACUCAAUUGA